GCUUGGUCACUGUCCCUUCUUGCGGUGUGGAGGGCCAAGGCGAAGCUCACCGCCGGGCCCCCCUCGUUCGGCCUGCGAGCCAGGAUCCUGCCUCUCUGUCCCGCGCCGCGCCCACCGGGAUGUUUCGCCAGUGUUCAGUGGCGUCGGGGCCGGCUCCCCGAAGGCCUGAACCCCAGGCGGCGGCCGACGAGCUGUGGGAGCAAGAGGUGGAGCGGCUGUGCGCCUCCCGGGAGCCGCUGCGGACGCUGCCCUACGCCAUGGCUGACAAGCGCUUCAUCCGGGAACUGCGGGAGCCCGAGGGGGUGAAGACCUCCUGCCGGCUGCGGUGGCACCGCAGGUCGAAGGUGGCGCGACAGCACCUGACCGAGGCGGCGCAGCGGCUGGCCCGUGGCUUCGGGCUCUGGGAGGGAGCUCUCUACGAGAUCGGGGGCAUCUUCGGGACCGGUAUCCAGUCCUACUUCACUUUCCUCCGCUUCCUGCUGCUGCUCAACCUGUUGACCCUGUUGCUGACCGCCUGCUUGGUGCUGUGGCCCCUGCUCUGGCUCCGCCCCCCUGAGCCGGGCCCUGCCCUGAAUCUGACGGACCUCCAGUGCUCUGGCAGCCACCUGCCCCAGAGUGGCAUUCCAAGGUUCCACAACCCACUGUGGAAUAUUUUAACUGGCAGGGCCUUCAACAACACCUAUCUCUUCUACGGCGCCUAUCGGGCGGGGCCAGAGGGCAGCUCAGCAUACAGCAUCCGCCUGGCCUACCUCCUUAGCCCCAUGGUCUGCCUGCUCCUCUGCUUCUGCGGGACGCUGCGGCGGAUGGCAGAGGGGUUUCCACAGCAGUCGCUCCUGGGUCAGGGCUACAGGGCCCCCCUCAGUGCCAAAGUCUUCUCCUCCUGGGACUUCUGCAUCCGGGUUCGGGAAGCCGCCACCAUCAAGAAGCACGAAAUCAGCAAUGAACUGAAGGUGGAGCUGGAAGAGGGCCACCGCCUGGAGCUGGCUCAACAGCGGACGCGGGCCCAGAAGGCCUGCCACCUGCUCACCUACCUUCGAACCAACAUCUUCUUUGCACUCCUUGUGGUCGGAGCCAUCAGCGCCAUCUUCUGGGCCACUAAGUACUCACAGGACAACAAGGAGGAGUCCCUUUUUCUGGUGCUCCAGUACCUGCCCCCUGGAGUCAUCUCCCUGGUCAACUUCCUGGGUCCUCAACUGUUCACAGUGCUGGUCCAGCUGGAGGACUACUCUCCUAGCACUGAGGUCAACCUCACCCUCAUCUGGUGCGUGGUGCUGAAGCUGGCCAGUUUGGGGAUGUUCUCCUUCUCCCUGGGUCAGACUGUGCUUUGCAUAGGCAGAAACAAGACCAGCUGCGAGCGCUACGGAUACGACGCCUGCGACUACCGGUGCUGGGAGAACUCGGUGGGCGAAGAGUUAUACAAAUUAACCAUCUUCAACUUCCUGCUCACCGUGGCCUUCGCCUUCCUGGUCAGCCUGCCUCGGAGGCUGCUAGUGGAGCGCUUCUCAGGCCGGUUCUGGACUUGGCUGGACCGGGAGGAGUUCCUGGUGCCCAAGAAUGUGCUGGACAUCGUGGCUGCACAGACCAUCACCUGGAUGGGCCUCUUCUACUGCCCCCUGCUCCCGCUGCUUAACAGUGUCUUCCUGUUUCUCACCUUCUACAUCAAGAAGUACACCCUCCUGAGGAACUCCAGGGUAUCCCCAAGGCUUUUCCGAGCGUCCAGCACCACUUUCUUCUUCCAACUGGUCCUGCUCUUCGGCUUGCUCUUGGCUGCAGCUCCUCUGGCCUACGUCAUCAGCAGCACCCACUCCUCCUGGGACUGCGGCCUUUUCACCAACUAUUCGGCCCCCUGGCAGGUGGUACCGGAGCUGGUGGCUCUCCAGCUUCCGCUCCCUGGCCAGCGUGCCCUCCACUACCUUGGCUCCCAUGCCUUCAGCUUCCCCCUCCUUAUCCUGCUCAGCCUGGUUCUGACUGUGUGCAUCUCCCAGUCCCGGGCGAACGCCAGAGCUAUCCAUGGGCUGCGCAAGCAGCUGAUGUGGCAGGUCCAGGAGAAGUGGCACCUGGUGGACGACCUGUCGCGGUUGCUGCCGGAGCUGAGCCCGGAGCCCGACUCCCCUCACUCUCGAGCUUCGCGUCCACGGUCCUUCUGCCCGGGGUUCCCGUGCCCAGGCUCACCUGGUCCCAGGACACCCCGGCUGGGACCCUCCACCAGGCUGAGCUCCUCAAGCUCCGGUGCCUCGGUUCCCGCCUCCAGAUUUCACUUCCCCAGCCACACAGAGCUGUAGCGCCCGCCCCCACCUCCCCUGGCUCUGCCGCAGCUUCCUCCAGGGCCUCCUGCACCCCCACCUCCUUACCCCACAACAUCUGGCCUGCGGAACCACUGCGUACUGGGCCUGUGUCAGGUUCACCAAAGUGGGCCACGUCCUCAGGUCAGCAGGAAGAAUGUGAGAAUCUCUACCUCCGUUUUAUUUGUAUCUCAUCCCUUAAAAUGUUUUGAGUGUUUUAUAGUGUACAUAAUAGUGUGUAUAUUAAGUUAAA